GUCUGCCUGGAAAACCAUUAGCGUAUCCUCUGCCUGUUAAAUCUCUUAGAACUGAUUCUUGCGAAUAAGGUUUAUAUUCAUAACUUUGGGUGCCAUUUCCGCCAUUGAAACCAAUCUGACAACAAGUUUCCCAACUCGGCUUUUUAACGUGAACGAGGUGCGUUUUGGGAAAUGGAUGCUGCGUUAGCAAGCGAAUAAUCUUGGAAAAUUUAUUUGCAUUUACCAUAUCUGACUUACAGCUACUUUGGACUGAUUGACCAGCAAGAAAAGCGUGGACGACACGUGCCUCAACUGAAUCUAUUCUGCAUGGAAACAAGUAAGAUAAACUAUAAAAAUGUUGGUGGGAAGGAUUUGUGAUUGGUAUGUGGACCUUAUGGAAAACCAAAGUGAUCCGAGAGUAGCUAAUUGGCCGAUGAUGUCGUCCCCAUUACCUACUAUAAUGUUAUGUUUAGGAUAUGCUUGGGUCAGUAAAUCUAUAGGACCAAGUCUCAUGAAGAAUCGACCAGCCUUCGACUUGAGGCGUGUUCUGGUCAUAUAUAAUUUAUUCCAAACACUCUUUAGCGCGUGGAUAUUUUAUGAGUACUUACAAAGUGGAUGGUGGGGACUUUACAGUUUUCGCUGUCAGCCUGUAGAUUAUUCAACCAGUGAAAUUGCUUUAAGGAUGGCUAAUACCUGCUGGUGGUACUACUUUUCGAAAUUCACAGAAUUCUUUGACACCAUAUUCUUCAUACUGCGGAAGAAAAAUGAACAUGUAUCGACGUUACAUGUGAUUCAUCAUGGAUGUAUGCCUUUUUCAGUUUGGAUGGGUCUUAAAUUUGCUCCAGGUGGCCAUAGUACAUUCUUUGCUUUAUUAAAUACAUUUGUCCAUAUAAUAAUGUAUUCAUAUUAUAUGGUUGCUGCUUUGGGACCUAAAUAUGCCAAAUAUAUAUGGUGGAAAAAGUAUUUAACAACACUACAAAUGGUUCAAUUUGUAGUAAUUAUGACACAUCAGUUCCAAUUAUUGUGGACGGAAUGUGAUUAUCCACGAGUGUUUAUGGUCUGGAUUGCCUUGCAUGGAGUCAUGUUUUUGUUUUUGUUUUCAGAUUUUUAUAAAGUAAAAUACCGUGCAAAACGGCUUAAAAAACUUAUUUCUAAUCACAAUAAAAAAACUGAUAAAUUAGUUGAGGAUUCACAUUCUGAAGUACAGGCUGCUGAAAAACAUGUGAAAUCAAAAAGGAGUUCACGAAAAAUUGAUUGUUCAAAUUCAAAAAAUAGCGAAGUACUAAAAAUAUUAAAGGAUGAUAAAGAACAAACUACACCAAUUAUAAGUAAUAAGUUAAAAUUGAAAAAUCGUGAUUCUAAGUCACCAAUAUCUAACACUGACUAUGAGUUUUUAUCAAAACUAAGUCCUUCGCUGAAGAAAAGUGAAAACUUAUUAUGUUAUUUUGAUAAAGUUUCUCCAGAAGUCAAUAAAUCUACAGUUUCUUCCACUCCAGCAUCAAGAAAAGCACACUUGAAAUCACCCAAAUGGAAGAUACGUAUAGCUACUCCAAUGUGCAAUGAUGAAUACAAGAAUGCUAGUAUUCCAUCAGAUGAUGAUGAUGUUCAAAUCCUGGAUUGGGGUAAUUUACACAAAAACAACAAAACUACUGUUCCAAAAACUAAUCUGCCCUCUUUAAAUUGUAAAUCAAACAAGCUUCAAAAUAAUCUUGAAACACACAGUUCGAGUGGUAGUUCAAAUAAACAGAAACUUAAUAUAUGUUCUGAAGAAAUUGUAAUUUUUCCAUCUGUAAGUCAUGUUUAUCAAAAAUGUUUAAAUUCUAAGGCUUGGAAAUUACCAAUAAAUACUACUAUGGGUUCAUUUCAUAACCGAAAUGAUGGGGAAAAUAUUGCUAAUGAUUUGCUGCUACACAAUUUGCCUCUAGGCUCAUUUACAUCCUGUAAAAGAUGUUACAUUAGAAAUGACACAAAGACAAAUAAUUUAUCUCAAAAUAUGUUCAAUGACAAUCUCUUGGCAGUACUGGAAAAGAAAUAUCCCGAUUUCCCUGUAUAUAAAACAUACCAAUCAAUAAAAAAUAAAUAUUUAAAAAUUCAAGAUGAAAAUCAUAAUAUUAAUGAUAAAGCAGUUAUAACAAAAACAAGAAGAAAAAAAUCAAAAGCUACGAAAAGUCCCUUGCAAACCAAAAAUAUAUUAGUAAAAGAUAUGGAAAUUAAAAAUACACUUUGGACUGACACAUUUUUUCCAGAUAAUUCUGAAGAAUUUUUCAAUAUUGAUGAAAAUGGUGUAAAUUUAAAAAAAUGGUUAAUUCAGUGGAAAAAUUUAAAUAAUAUGAAGCUCAAAAAACACUAUGAUUCUGAUGGAACUUCCAAUUCCGAUAGCGAGUUUCAAAAUUCUGAUACAGAGUCUAUUAAUUCAAAUUUAAAAUCAUUGGGAAAUACAUGUAUAUUACUUGGGCCCUGUGGUAGUGGUAAGACUUCAACAUUAUAUAUGUUGGCACAUGAGUUGGGCUACAAUGUUAUUGAGCUCAAUGCCAGCUCUAAAAGAACAGGAAAAAUUGCAUUUACCAAACUGCAAGAAGCAACUCAGUCUCAUGGAGUUCGCAGUAAUGAUAAUAAACUGAUAUAUUUUACAGAUAAAUCUAAAGAUGUUAAAAAGAAGUUGAAAAAUAAUUCUGUUAACAAUUUACCUACAGUAAAUUCUGUUGAAGAAAACAUAUUGCUUCAAAUGGUACAGACAUCAAAGAGACCUAUUGUGUUCACAUGUUGUGAUGAAAACAAUCCCAAUGUUAAGAAAUUUACUAAUGAUAAUUUGGUAUUCAGAUUUAAACCAGCUAAUUCUUUAAACAUGUCAAUUUGGCUGCAAAUAUUAUGUUUUGUAAAUAAUGUUUCUGUUGAUCAGCAAGAAAUUCAUCAGUUACUUCAAUCUUUUAAUGGAGAUGCUCGGAAAGUAACACAUCAAUUACAAUAUUGGGCUCUUAGCAAAGGAAAUUCCAAAAACACUUUAAGAAACAAAAAAAAUAACAUUAAUAGUUCAAUAUCAAGUAUUGACACUGUGGAAAAUUUGCCACUUCCAAAUAAAAAAGUUGAUAUACAUAAAUCAAAUAAUUUGUUAUGCGCAUGCACUAAUGAGUUUUAUCAGACUGAUUGCCAUAUGUAUACUUAUGAAAAUUUAUGGUAUUACAUGUCUUUAAGCAAGUAUUUAAUCAAAUCACAGUCAAAUGAAUUUGCACAAACAAAUGGAAAUGGGAACAUAGAUGAUAAAGGGUAUAGAUAUUUAAUAAAUAUAUUGGAUACUACAUUACAUAUUGGAGCAUUUUCAAAUAUUAUAUCUACGUUGCAAAUGAAAGAUAGUCCAAUACAUCCCUCUACAAAAAAUUUUAAAAAUUAUUUUUUAAGUAAUGUAUAUUUUAAUUCAGAGUUGGAUCCACAUAAAGAUGAUGGUUGCGAAAUCCAUUAUAAAAGAGUGCAUGGUGAUAUAGCUGAGAAGAACAAAAUUUUAGAGCAAGCUGCUUGUGAACGUGUUUCCGGAUUAAAAAAGAACUUUGCUCUAGAUUAUGGACCAACCUUAAGAGCUAUUUGCAGAACAGAAAAGCUUCGAAUGGAAACAAAUCUUAAGCGUAUGACAGCUAACAGAUUUUACCAUUACUUUAGAACUAUUGAUGUAGAUUUGAAAACUAAUGUACUUAAUUCUUUAUGUGAUUGUUUAUGCUAG